AGACAGAGUUGUACCCACCUGGCAUUUGUGGCAUGGCCUGCACAGAAUAGGAAUUCUGCAUCACCUGCUGGAGCGAAGGCAUUUAACAUGGUCAUGCUAAAGGAGGUAAAGCAAUGUAGCACUACAAUUGACUUUUCACAUCAUCUCAUCUUGGUGGCCUCCAGCCUGGCUUGAACAACAUCUGGAGCUUCUGUUUCCACGCGCAGACUGCCUGGUGCUGGACUGACGCAGUAGAGACCACCUGAUUCUGUGGGUCAGCCCUGUGCGGCGUGACCCUAGGCACUGACAGAGUGCCAGCAUCUCCCUCGCAAUGGCAACUUGGUUUGGUGCCAAGGAUCCAGCGCUGUCAGUUCUGUUGUCUGUGAAUGAACUUGGCUGACUAUGGAUCCAGGUGGUGGAAGUCUUGGAUUGCAAACACAAGAAUCCAAAAUGCCUCACACUAUGAUUAUGCAGGAUUUUGUGGCUGGAAUGGCUGGCACUGCUCAUAUUGAUGGAGACCAUAUUGUUGUAUCAGUUCCUGAAGCUGUCCUAGUUUCUGAUGUUGUUACCGAUGAUGGAAUAACUCUUGAUCAUGGCUUAGCAGCUGAAGUUGUCCAAGGACCUGACAUCAUCACUGAAACUGAUGUUGUAACAGAAGGUGUAAUUGUUCCUGAUUCUGUUUUGGAAGCUGAUGUUGCUAUUGAAGAAGCUUUAGAUACCAGUGAUCAUGUUUUGACUUCUGAUCUAAUAACAGAAACGGUUAGAGUUCCCGAUCAGGUUUUUGUGGCUGAUCUUGUAACGGGUCCUGAUGGACAUUUGGAGCAUGUGGUGCAAGACUCUGUGUCAGGAGCCAACUCACCAACGAUGGUUUCAGAAGAAGUUCUCGUAACGAACUCGGAUUCUGAAGCAGUCAUUCAAGCAGCUGGUACUGUUCCUGGCUCCACAGUGACUAUAAAAACAGAAGACGAUGAUGAUGGCAAGAGCACAUCUGAGGACUACUUAAUGAUAUCUUUGGAUGAUGUUGGAGAAAAAUUGGACCAUAUAGGAAGCACUCCCUUGAAAAUCAGCACUGAGGUGGCAAAUGAUGAUGUUGCUAAAGAUGACGGGUUUGGUUCAGAAGUCAUCAAAGUCUACAUAUUUAAAGCUGAAGCUGAAGAUGAUGUCGAAAUAGGUGGGACAGAAAUCGUCACAGAGAGCGACUUUCACAAUGGACAUUCUGUAGCUGGAGUAAUUGAACAAGGAGGUGUUGGUAGAAUGCAGCGAGAAAAAAUGGUUUACAUGGCUGUGAAGGACUCUUCUCAGGAAGAUGAAGAUAUUAGCUGUGCUGAAAUAGCAGAUGAAGUUUAUAUGGAAGUCAUUGUAGGUGAAGAAGAAGCCACGCCACUUCCAGACACACAGCUCGAAGACUCCAGCGUGAAUAAAACCUUUGUCCCUGUUGCUUGGGCUGCUGCUUACGGAGAUGAAAGAAGGUUACCCAGAAGAUACGAAGAUGGUCAAGCGGCAGGAAAUAACUUGGAUACACGAUUAGAAAACAAAAACGGUAAUGCAACACAAUACCUGCAGAUUUGUGAUAGCAUUAGCACUAAUAGAGUGCUAAAACAAAAAACCAAGAAAAGGAGGAGAGGAGAGGCCAGGCAAUGGCAAACAGCUGUUAUAAUAGGUCCUGAUGGACAGCCCUUAACAGUUUACCCUUGUCAUAUUUGUGGGAAAAAAUUUAAAUCCAGAGGAUUCUUGAAAAGGCACAUGAAGAAUCAUCCAGAUCAUAUGAUUAAGAAGAAGUACCAGUGUACAGACUGUGACUUUACAACUAACAAAAAAGUAAGUUUCCACAAUCAUCUGGAAAGCCAUAAACUUAUAAAUAAAGUUGAUAAAACGCAUGAGUUCACAGAAUAUACAAGAAGAUACAGAGAAGCAAGCCCAUUGAGUUCUAACAAACUCAUACUGAGGGACAAGGAGCCCAAGCUACACAAGUGCAAAUAUUGUGACUAUGAAACUGCAGAGCAGGGACUACUCAAUAGACACCUACUUGCAGUUCAUAGUAAGAACUUCCCUCAUGUGUGUGUGGAAUGUGGGAAGGGAUUCCGUCACCCGUCAGAGCUGAAAAAGCAUAUGAGGACCCACACUGGGGAAAAGCCAUACCAGUGUCAGCACUGUGUCUUCAGGUGUGCUGAUCAGUCCAACCUGAAAACUCACAUCAAAACCAAACACGGGACUGAUCUACCGUUUAAGUGUGAGCACUGUCCCCAGGCUUUUGCAGAUGAAAAAGAACUGCAGCAGCACACAGAACUAUUUCAAGGGCAUAAGACUCACCAAUGUCCACAUUGUGACCAUAAGAGCACCAAUUCAAGUGACCUGAAGCGACACAUUAUUUCAGUUCACACAAAGGAUUUUCCCCACAAAUGUGAGGUAUGUGAAAAAGGAUUCCAUCGUCCAUCUGAGCUCAAAAAGCAUAGUGAAACCCAUAAAGGUAAAAAAAUACAUCAGUGUAGACACUGUGACUUUAAAACGUCAGAUCCUUUUGUACUUAGCGGGCAUAUCCUCUCAGUUCACACCAAGGACCUGCCUUUUAAAUGCAAAAGAUGUAAAAGAGGAUUUAGGCAGCAGAAUGAACUUAAGAAGCACAUGAAGACCCACAGUGGAAGAAAAGUGUAUCAAUGCCAGUAUUGUGAAUAUAGCACUACGGAUGCGUCAGGCUUUAAACGACACGUAAUAUCAAUACACACAAAGGACUAUCCACAUAGGUGUGAGUAUUGCAAAAAGGGGUUCCGUAGACCAUCCGAAAAAAAUCAGCAUAUAAUGAGGCACCACAAAGAGGCCAUAAUAUGAUCUCCAGAAGGAAGCAAUUUAGAAACUGUGAUAUGCUAAUUGGGGAAAAAAAAUAUCUCAUGAACUGUUUCUCCUGGUUUCAAAGCUUGAUAUUAAACCAUAACUUUACAUUCUUUGUAUUAAAAGUCUUAAAAGUAUUAGGGUUGACAGGGGAUCUCAUAGCCCUAUGAUUGUUGCUUAUCAGAACCUAAAGAGCACUAUAGAAUGCAGAAGGAUGGAUGAAUGUCUUAAAUUUGCAGAAAGAUGGAUGAAUGUCUUUAAAUUAAUAGUAUUACACGUCGUUAAGCUAUAGAAGACAAAACAAAGGUGAUUGUGUUACCCAUUUUGUCAGUAACAGCGUUUGUCUCCAAUAUGAACACAGUUCAGAUAUAUGGUGGGGUUAUUUACAAACUGUUUGCAAAGGCGACCGUGUCUUAACUUCUUGUGCAGUUUUGAAAGGAGAGUAUUAGCCAGUUACUUGAUCAUAACGUUUUAAAAUCGUGCCUAGGAAUUAAAUUCCAGAACUGGUCAAUUUUGGGGGGUCUCUUUUGGGUUUUGUGGGGGUUUCUUUUAAAAAAAGACAUUUCUUUAGGAAACUUUUUUGUUUCCUGUAUUAGUUUAGGUCCAACAAGGAAAUUUUUAAUGGUUUCAAAGCUGCUAACCUAUUUCAUUGCAGGAUAUGAUGUUUAAAAUAUAGCAUUAUGUUAUGGUCUCAGAGGUGGUGUUCUGGUGCUAGGGUUAAAGGUGUGUAUGUAUAUAAUUUCCCUUUUUUAUCUGAAUCUCCAGUUGAAUGUCGUUCAGUAUGGCACAUAGAACAAAAUUAACUUUGGAUUUGACUUUUUUUCUUCCUCAAGGCUAAAACGGAUGCAGCUCAUAGUGUUGUGACCCAACACUGAAUUCUUUUCCUCGCUACUUUAAAACCGUCUCUAAAAAAACCCAUUGAAAACAGACUUGAAAAGUGUCAGAUUUUGUUAAUUAACAUUCAGAGUACUUAGAAGUUCUUUAGGGCAGUGUUCUUAACUGGUACGACGAGUGUCGUCCUGCCUCCUAAUGUGAAAUCUUCCAUAUAGACAUGAAAUUGCACCUUUUAAUCAACCCUUUACAAAAGUCUCUACCAUACUAUAAACAUGCAUUUUCAAUCUGUAAGAAAGUAUAUAUGCAGUAUUUAACCAGAGAAAUACGCUGCCACUAGAGUUUGGAGGUGGAUCUUCAGUUUACAGUGUAUACAUUUAAAAUAUGCAUCCCUUUAAACAAUGCUUUGUGUUAGCAUGCUGCGAAUCAAAUGGCGCUUAAUAUAACAAGCUGGUCUAGGGCUAUUUAAUGAAAAACCUGUUCAUAAAUGUUAUGCAUAUAAUGUGUAUUUUUUACUUUUUUAGUUGCUUCAUGUUUGCACACAGCUGUUCACAUGAUAAAUUGUAACUUCAUGCUAUAUUGUGGCUUUGUGUUUCAGAACUGUUCAUAUUUUGGUUUUUUGCACCAGACGAGAAUCAGUUCCUUGAGAAUAAAUUUUUUUUAUAUUUCUAAACUUCAGAAAGUUAAAUUUGGGAAAUCUCCUUAGAAAAAUCCGUGUUUUCUGUGGCUGUAAAAACUGAUGUACACGCUGUAAAAUAAGAGUGUCACUGUUAUGUGGGAUUAUGAUUUCUAAAUGUGUUACUCAUCGUAACGGGCAUACAAUAAAACGCAUCUCUUGCACUCCAAAUAUUUUGGAGUUUGCUUUUCA